UGGGUCGGGACAAGUCUGGCCAGUUCAGUUGGCUGUGGACGCGCCAGGCGAGCGGAGGUUCAGCCCGCCGCUCCUAGGUGCCUACCCCGCGCCCGUCGCCUCCCAGGCAUCGCCAUACACGCUGCCUUACGGAGUGCUCCCAGAGUGACACUGACCAUGGACGCUCCCCGGUAGGGCAGUGCGAACGCUAAGCAAUGACGCAAAGAACACGGAGCCAUGGCGAACUUUGAGGACCUAACUUAGUCUAGAUUUCGAGGUCUCGUGCCCGUCUGGUUUUGUUCCGCGGCCGAGAGGAAGGAGCAGAAGGGAUUCGAACAGGUGGCGGCAUUACUUCGGAAAGCAUGAGAGGAUCCCGACGGGAGGUUGUCUCUAGAGGACUUCAGAGUGAGUGAGAGCACCUGUGAGCACCUGUACACGUGUUCUGCGGUGCGUGUGUGGCGUCUGGGCGGCACAGAUAGCAGACGGUGUGCGAGGCGCCUCCCGCACUCUCCACUUUCCCCCUCAAGAGGCUGGUGGUGGAGUGGCGGUGGAGUGGUGGUGGUGGUGGUGGAGUGGUGGUGACGCCCUUGCAAGCAUGGCCGCCGCGCCCCCACCCCCACCCCGCCGGCAGGAGGAGCUCACCAACAUGGCGGCGUCCUCGGAGUCACCUCGUCUCUGAGCGUCGCAUUGCUGCAGCCAUGUUGAGGUGGUGCGUGGUGUGGGCGUGCCUGGCCGGGGUGGCGCGGGCGUUCUGCCCCCCUGGCUGCAACUGUGACGACAACGUGCCCAGCGCGCGCUGUGUGGGCGUGGGCCUCAACGUGCUGCCCAUCCUCUUCAACCCUGGCCUGCGACGCCUCAACAUGGCCCACAACCUCAUCAGCUCCUUGAAUGACGGUCUGGUAUUCUUUGACCGCCUGGAGGAGCUGGAUUUGUCCAACAACGCGCUGGCUUACUUGGGCACAGAGAACUUUGUGGAGCAGGUGCGGCUCCAGGAACUCCGACUGGCGCACAACAACCUGACAACUCUCACGCCGGGCGCCUUCCGCGGUCUCAACUCCCUCACGCUGCUUGACCUCAGCCAUAACGGACUGAUCGACCUGCAGCCCGGGAUGCUGGAGGACGCCCCUCGCCUCACCGUCCUCCUCCUUGCCCACAACAAACUUCACGUCCUCGUCCGGCACACCUUCCGCGGCCUUCGGAGCCUCCACGUCCUUGACCUGUGUGACAACUACUUUCGGGACGUACCGUCGUCCGCUCUCGGUGACCUGCAGUCCCUCAAGUCGCUACACAUGUGUCGCAACCGCCUUACUCGCCUCGAGCCCGACGCCUUCACCACCCCAGCGCUGACGUCACUCUCGCUGGAGACCAACAAUAUCGACCACAUAGAAGCCGGUGCCCUUCAGCGCCUCAAGAACCUACAGAAACUCAACCUUAACGACAAUCUGCUGCGCGAGGUGCCCGCCGCAGUGUUGUCCCUCCUGCUGAUGUUGGACACGCUCAUCCUCAGCAAAAACAACUUCACCACGAUACAGGCCGAGGCGUUCAGGAGCCUGAGUCGCCUCACCACGCUGGAAAUCUCCCGGUGUCCACGCCUCGCCUCCCUGCACCCCAACGCCUUCGCUCACUGCAUCAGCCUCCAGCGUCUCACUAUAUCCCAUAACCCGUUGAUACGACACCUUCCGGAAAGGCUGUUCACUUCCCUGCCUCGCCUCCACACGCUGGACCUCCGUGCCAACAGCCUCAAGAGCGUGUCGGAGGCCAGCAUGCCGUGGGGCUCCCUUGCUCGCCUCGACCUGCGUGACAACCAGCUGGUGUGCAAUUGUUCCAUCCGGUGGUUGGCGGCGCUGCUCGGGGCGGCCAACACCUCCCUCGCGGCGCCUGAUGUGCAGUGUGCCGCCCCAGAGAAGCUCAAAGGCCUUUAUCUCUCCAGACUCAGCCCGAGCGAGCAACUGUGCGUGGAUCAGGUGCAGGUGGUGGUGGGCAUCGUGGUGGUCACCGUGUCCACCGUGUUGCUAAUGGCGCUCUCCGUUCUCCUGUGCAAGUACCGACGGAGGAACCAGAGGGACAAGAUGGGGAGAAUGUGGCCUCCGGGACCCCUAGCACCAUGGCCCCCAGACGACCACACCGCUCCGACGCGUCACAUCAUGGCUGACGAGUAUGUUUACCACACGUACUCCUCCGUCAGGAAGAUCCCCGUCACCAAAGUCUGAGGGGAGCCACCUGUGGGGACGAGAGAAUGCGACCCUUCCUGUUUUGUUCCAUUGUGGAGGUUGAGGAAACGUGGACGAAGAAAAAGGCCACUUCGGUUGUACCUGCCCGGCGUUCCGAGAGGAGUAAGACCAGCUGACGUACAUUGCAGCGAGGCACCAAUAGAGUCGCCACCGGGUGUGUUGGGAAGAGCUGAAGAAGCACCGAGAAGAAUGGAAUAAUCGUAUUGAGGCUUCAAGAGAGUUGGCGUUGUGUCUGUGCUUUAAAAUCGCUACUAAUAUUGUGUGGACGUUUCAACUCAAGGAACACCACGAAGAAACAAGGUUUUUUCAGGGUUUUUUUUUUUUUUCAAAGGCGUGGGCGUUUGUCUUUGUGCUUCAAAAUCGCUGACUGUGUGGAGAACUUCUCACCCUCACUACGCUGACUAGCGAGAGAUGGCGAACGAAUGACGAGCGAGGAGCAGAAAUCAAAACCAAUGAAAUAAUUUUGCACCGGAAUCCGAGAGAAGCAAACGACGGGUGGUCUGUCUGUCUGUCUGUCUGUAACAACGACAAUGAGGGAACGCGUCAGUGGGCGAAUUCACAUAGAGGGAAACGUGAAACAGGGUUUACUGACGAGUGGGUGUGUGGGUGUGUCUGGUGUCUCUGGAAGCGCCUCAAGAUCCACCACACACCACCACACUCCACCGCACUUCACUAAAACACGCUUCUCCUUACCACCACCACCCUCAAGAGAUGAUUCUAUUCCCUGCUAUCGAUUCCGGAUGAUCCCCUCGUGUCCUGCUCUGAUCCAGACCUCCAUACCUUUGUACGUGCCGAGUCAAUUCCAGCGUCACAUAGUUCCAGGAAUCGCUACCGUCAUUGCUCUCUCUCUCCCUUCCCUCCUUCCCUGCCUUAGCUUGUCCCGGUAAUAGGCUAAUGAUCUCAGCCACUCAUAUUGUCCCCAAAGAAGUCAGGGAGGCACUGCAUUCCGCGCUGCUGCUGCUUCCACAAAGCUUUAAGGGUCGGAAAGGGGAACACCAAGCGGCUCUCAAACUCACCCCCGCUGCUAACCCGCCACCCAGCCAGCAGCCAGCCAGCCAGCCACCCAGGCCUUCCCAUCCUUCAUAGCCUGGCGAGCGGCGUCCAGCGGCUGACAGCAACACCACUGUUGGGAGUGGGGGUGUGGACUCGCUAUGAUACACUGACGCACGCACACACACACACACACACACACACACACACACACACACACACACACACGUACAAUAUCCACCCACACCCACGCACACACACACAUAUGGAACUAAUCCCCCUGAAGUAAAAUAACGCAUAGGUAUGAAAAAAAAAAUACAGUACAACAAUGGUAAACUUUUCAGACGGAUGAAACAUGCGGCCGAUUCCAUCAUCCAUCACCUUCAAGUUGAGCAAACAAAAUAUUUAUUAUGAAAAGAAAAAAAUCAAACAAAUACACACACACACACACACACACACACACAGGUACAGUACUCACAUGAGACCUCUCCAUCCCCGUCACUUCCUACACACACACACACACACACACACACACACACACACACACACACACACAAACAAAUAAACAAAACAGAAACGGAGGGGGAAAGGAAGGAUGGAAGGAGGAAAAUGAGAGAGAAAAAGUAAAAAAAAAAAAGAAAGGAAAAGACCUGACAGAUUGAUUAAUUCCGAAGCGUCGCAGCAACAACAGAGUCAUAAAGCGCCGCUCAGACAGAAACUAAAACAAAAAUAGAAACUGAAUUGAAAACUAAAUCUUCACUAUUCGAAAUACAAACCAAAGAACAUGUUGCUCAAUUUCCAUCACGCUACAGGCAGAACUCUCUCUCUCUCUCUCUCUCUCUCUCUCUCUCUCUCUCUCUCUCUCUCUCUCUCUCUCUCUCUCUCUCUCUCUCUCUCUCUCUCUCCGGUCUCGUCUGAUGCGGCUCCUCGUCUCUGCCUCCUAUCUCUACACUGCUUCCCGCCACCGCCACCACCACCACCACCACCACCGCCGCCACCACCACUAUCAUGCCGCUGUUUGUGUCGCGUCCUUGUCCGUUCCUUGUCCGUUGUCCUUCCAAGUGUUUCUAAGUGUCUGUCCGUCAUUCGGCCUUGAAGCAUCCUGGGCUAAGCUGUCCUAUGAUUACCUUCGUGUGUGUGUGUGUGUGUGUGUGUGUGUGUGUGUGUGUGUGUGUGUGUGUGUGUCUUAACCCACGUGUAGUCAUGUCUCCUUUCACGUCACGCCAGCCAUGUCUGUCUGUCUGCCUGCCUGUCUCGUGUGGCCUGCGCUAGAGGCCGCCCCAAGUCGCUCAGUAAUUUCCUCCUCCCGCCACGCUGACUCCCGCCCUGGAAUGCUGAGUGCCGAGUGUGAGUGCUGCUGCUGCUGCUGAGGGCGCCAGGUGACCAGCCAGCAGCUACUCCAAUACAAGUCUCCUUAGCAUACAUUUUUUCCUGACGGCCCUCUCGCAUUGAAUUUUUUUUCCAUCAUGUUUUUUAUAAUCUAUUUAGCAUUUACAAUUUACAGGAUAUAUAUUUCAAGCGCACUUUUCAAGACUACAUCCAUUUCCAAGUCCAUAUGUACAUUGCAUUGCUUUUGUGCGAUAUUAUAUAUAAAUAUACUAAUAAUACAUACGUACGUACAUGAUGAAUAAAUGAAUAAAUAUAUAUCUAUACAUAAUUUGUGUAUAAUCAUAUAUACACGUGGAGUUAUACAUUUACUACCCUAUAAGGUCUCGGGGUGGGGAUCAUUAUACAGCUGAUACUACUACUACUACUACUACUACUACUACUACUACUACUACUACUACUACUACUACUACUACUACUACUACUGCUAUUACUACUACUACUACUACAUACACAUAGUAAUAUUGAAAGAACUACACCCAAGUACACUCACACCUACACAUCACAAGGAAUGCCAACACCGACAGCAUCCCCACCCCCCCGGACUCAGCACACCCCUACCUUGCACAACACUCAAGCUCCACGCAACACAGCAACACCAGCAUCGCAACAACACAGGGACACCGAGAUGCAUUGUCACGUCACCGUCAGUCAUCACCAUCAUCACCACUAUACAGAAUGAAGUCACACCAGUUACGUCAUCGUCAUCACUCCUAGAAACUGCAUCGUCCAGUCAGUCAGUCAGUCAGUCACAGUCACCAUUAUCAGUGUCAUCACCAUUGUCACAGUCACUGCUAUAUACACAGCCUUAACCAGUUACACUAUCACCAUACACACACAGAUACCAAGACACACACGGCCACGCAUGAACACACACACACACACACACACACACACACACACACACACAGCAAAAAAGACAAACGUUAAAGAAAAUAAAUAAGGCUGAUUAAAUAACAAUCCAUCUUCCCUGUACAUAAAUAAUUAUAAUUAGUCUCCGCCUCUUUGCUCCUUCUCCUCGUCUAGUGUUGUCAUAGUUUCCAUUAUAGCAUUUUGAACUUUGAUAAAAAAAAAUAAAUAAAUAUUACAACCUCAUAUGCUUCCAGCGGCCCUUGCCUCCCCCCAGACACGCGGCCCGUCUCUACCCCAGCAUGUUAUCAGUAUAAUAAAUAUUUUGUAUUUUUGUAAAGAAGCUGUGUAAAUAAACAUUUCAUCUCUUUA